GGUACAGAGAAAAACCGCGGGCGGGGGGCUGGAGAGACAGGUUUGUGUGUUGCGUGCAUUCAGCAGGCGGAGCCUCGAGCGCCGAGACCCGGCCGGGUAAGGCCGGAGGCCGGAGCAAUCUUAAUAUACCCACCUUGCCAUGGCCGAAGUCCCUGCUCUGUUCACCUUAAUCUGCCGAUCGGUACUUACUGUUCAACUUUUGCCAAACUGGUCUGUGCCCUGUAAAUACCAGUUGAAAUGAAAUGCACAAUGAAAACAAUGAAGAACUUGCUGAGUCAGAUGUUAGUGAAAAAGCAUUGACCUAGGAGUCAAGACCCACCUCUUCACUAAUUUGAUAUUGUGCAAGUCAUCUUACUUCUCUGCAUCUUAGUUGCCUGAUCUGUAAAAAAGGAGAUAAAAAUUCUUUACCUAUCUGAAGAUGAUGUGGAGAACCAUCUUACUACGAUAUUGUUUUCUCUUGGUUUCCUGUCUACUUACUGCUAUUGAAGCUGUGCCUAUAGACGUAGACAAGACAAAAGUAAAAAAUAAUCAACCUGUGGACAGCGCAAAGAUAGAACCACCAGAUACUGGACUUUAUUAUGAUGAAUAUCUUAAGCAAGUGAUUGAUGUGCUGGAAACAGAUAAUCAUUUCAGAGAAAAGCUCCAGAAAGCAGACAUAGAGGAAAUAAAGAGUGGGAGGCUAAGCAAAGAACUGGAUUUAGUAAGUCACCACGUGAGGACAAAACUUGAUGAGCUGAAAAGGCAAGAAGUGGCAAGGUUAAGAAUGCUGAUUAAAGCUAAAUUGGAUUCUCUUCAAGAUACAGGCAUAGACCACCAUGCUCUUCUAAAACAAUUUGAUCACCUAAACCACCUGAACCCUGACAAGUUUGAAUCUACAGAUUUAGAUAUGCUCAUCAAAGCGGCCACAAGUGAUCUGGAACACUAUGAUAAGACUCGACAUGAAGAAUUUAAAAAAUAUGAAAUGAUGAAGGAACAUGAAAGGAGAGAAUAUUUAAAAACACUGAAUGAAGAAAAAAGAAAAGAAGAAGAAUCUAAAUUUGAAGAAAUGAGGAAAAAGCAUGAAAAUCAUCCCAAAAUUAAUCAUCCAGGAAGCAAAGAUCAACUAAAAGAGGUAUGGGAAGAGACUGAUGGAUUGGAUCCUAAUGACUUUGACCCCAAGACAUUUUUCAAAUUACAUGAUGUCAAUAAUGAUGGCUUCCUGGAUGAACAAGAAUUAGAAGCCCUAUUUACUAAAGAGUUGGAGAAAGUAUAUGACCCCAAAAAUGAGGAGGAUGAUAUGGUAGAAAUGGAGGAGGAACGGCUUAGAAUGAGGGAACAUGUAAUGAAUGAGGUUGAUGCUAACAAAGACCGAUUAGUGACUCUGGACGAGUUUUUGAAAGCUACAGAAAAAAAGGAAUUCUUGGAGCCAGAUAGCUGGGAGACUUUGGAUCAGCAACAGCUCUUCACAGAGGAAGAACUGAAAGAAUAUGAAAAUCUUAUCUCUUUACAAGAAAGUGAACUUAAGAAAAAGGCAGAUGAACUUCAGAGACAAAAGGAAGAGCUACAGCGCCAGCAUGACCAACUUCAGGCUCAGAAGCUGGAAUAUCAUCAGGUUGUACAGCAGAUGGAACAAAAAAAAUUACAACAAGAAAUUCCUCCAUCAGGGCCUGGUGGAGAAUUGAAGUUCCAGCCACACAUUUAAAGUCCGAAGUCCACCAGAACUUGGAAGAAAACUGUUAAAUCAACAUCUGUGUCAUCUUUUUACCACCCUUCCUUUUUUUUCUGCUCAAUAAAUAUUUUAAAGCAUAUAUGGAAUAAAGGAAGAUACUUUUAAAAUGAGAACACAUCUUUUCAGGACACAGAUAUUUAAGGAUUAAAGUCCACCACAACCAGGAAGAAUACAAACUCAGUAUCUGCUUUCACUUUCAUACCUCUCUUCUUUUUAAUUUGUUCUCCUUUAAUGAUUUAAUUCAGUGGCCAUAAUUAUGCUGUAAUUUAAUGAAGCUAUCAGUAACUGUUUAAGUGAGAAAUUUCUGUACUGCUUUUAAAGUAAAUUUAUAUUGUCGUCACUUAACUCAUAUAGUCUUUUAUAGGUGCUUAUCAUCCCCUCUCUUGAUAAAAGUCUCUUCGUUGUUAAUAAUUCUUCUAAGAAGACCACACUUUCCCCCAGUGUUUCUUGGUAACUUCUUCCUACUUCCAGCAACCUUAACUGCUAGAAAUUCUUCUACUGAAGAGCUUUUGCUAUGACUUCAGGUCAUUUUUGGGUUCAUAUAUUUGCUUUCUACUCUAUUAAGAUCAGGUUCUGCUACAAAAAAACCCAGAAAAACCAAAGAUAACAGUGUUUUAAACUAAAUAGGAAUUCUUCCCUCUUCCAUAAAGGAAAUCUGGAGGCAGGUGGUGUCAGGUUCCUAACUCUCUCCUCUGCUAUCCUCAGUACAUGGUUUCUGUCCUCAAGUUACCUUAUUCUCACUGUCCAAGAUUGCUUUUGGAGGCAGUGGGCAAGAGGAGGAAAAGGAGCUUCUCCCCAGUUGCACAGGCUUCCUGGACUGAGUGUUCCUGGAGAACCACACAUUUUAACUUACAUCUCAUUGGUCAUAUAGCUGCUAGGGAAUCUGAGAAAUCCUUGUGGCAUUGGAACCAGCUAAAAGUUAGGAUCUUUAACUAAAGAAGAAGGAGGUUAUGUUUCAUACACAACUUUGAGUUUUAACCCAUACAGCUUUAUUGGCUACCUAUAUAUCUGUGUACACUCUUCGGAAACAUAGAAAACACUCACUUGCCCUGCCCCAAAAGGAAAUCUGCCACAUCCAAUCCAUUAUUGCAUAUAGCUCAAAGACCAUAAUAUCCUUGUAUAGUUCCCACUAUCAGGUUAAGCUAUGGAUCUAUUGUUCUGCCCAUCUACAGACUAAGCAAGGGGUCUGCCUCGUGAGUACCAAAUGCAUAAUGGUGGGAUAGGUACAGGAUAACGGCAAUAAAAUUGACCUUUCAGAAGGGAGGAAAAUAGCAACCCCUGAUCCAUAACACUUAAAAGGUACUGCUUGGCAGAAUUAACAAGGUCUCUCUGCUCAGUCUGUGAAUAUAUUCCUUGAUUUUUGCAUCAGGCAACCCCUGAUUCACUUUUGUGGGAGGAACUCCCUUGUCGAAUGUCCUCAGGGGCCCUUGGCGCUGCCUUCUAGGAAGUUUUUCUUGUCCAUUAAUUUUCAGGGAUACAUCUGAGUGGGCAAGGGAAAGGGUGCUGAUCUUGGGUGCUGGGCAGUAUUAGUAGGUUACUUCCUGUUAUGCUGGGUUUAGGGGCUUGGGCAUGUUUUAAAUAGUUACAGGCUGUUGCAGGGCAGGUUUGGGGUUUGUAUUUGUUGGGUUUUGGGUUUUGGCAAAAAAAAUUUCCUAGAAACUAAGUAUGUUUCUGGUCUGUCUUUCUCAAUUAUUACAAUGAGUAACCACAAAGAUCUUGCCAAGACACAGUUUUUAAUAAGAACAUCAUCGUUUACUUGCUGGCUUCUGUGCUCUCUCUCUCCCUUUGGGUCUUAAAUGAACGGUACCCACUUGGGACCAUUGGGCUUGGAUGGGCUGACAACAGUCUGAGUCUGAUCUCUUGGAUGGCUGCCAUUACUUGACAGAAAAUUCUUGAGAAAAGGUUGAGGCAGAAAAAGAAAAGGCAGGAAAAGGUUGAGGAUUCUUUCAUACCUUCCUUAGAACCCUGACUGAUAACUGUUUCAGAUUAAAGUAUGGUAGUGGCUGACUUCCAAUUUUUCAGGGCUCCAGAUUUGGGACUUGUCAGUUUGUUUUGUAGAGAGCUGUUCCCUCGGCAAUGCUAUAUUCCUUUCCAACUGUCUUGUUAGCUUUAGCCUGAGUCACAUCUCUCCUGUAAGACUUUGCUGAGGGCUAGAAGCAGCCCACAUGCUAGUACUCAGAUGUUCUACCACUACUUCCUCUAAUACUCUAACCUUAGUGGCAUGAGGUCUCACUGCCCAAAGCCCUGCCUCCUCACCUAAGCUAACUCCAUAUUUUAGAUCCUUUUACUAGCUGUACCUUCUAGCUACCAAAUUCUGUCUAGGUCAGGAUUCCUGGUUGUAGAUAAUGGAAUCUUCUUUAGCUAUUAAACAUAAGGGGCUUGAUUAAGGGGUGCAGAGAGCUCACAGAAUCUUUGGGAAGGCGGAUGAAACAGAACCUAGGCUGAGCUUCUCAGAACUACAUCACAGGAGUGGGCUGCCAGAAAAGCUGCUGCUUCUGGAACAAUUUGAGAAGCUGCCUGCCAGCUCAAGAUGCCUCCUCCUGCUGGAUUAAGGCAGCAGAGAAAAGUUCCCAGCUCCAGAACUGAAUCACCUCUGCUGAGAUUUGUGGUGGCAAAAGUGGACAGACACCUCAUGGGCUGCCUCUCUCCCCAUGUAACUUGGUUCUGAGCAAAAGUCUCAACUGUGCGGUACAAUGAAGAAGAAAGUUGAAAUAGAGCCAGAGUUAGAUGAUGAGCUUCAUCGUCUUCAUGUGAGAUUUUUAUUAUCCCUUGAAGAACCUGCUGAAGAAGUCUGCUUUCACCCUUAACCACUGGUGCCUCAACUUAAUACUUUAGUUCUUUUUUUUUUUUAAUUGGGAGACUAAAGGGAGUUGAGUAAAGUGCAAAGUGUACUUUUUUGCUCCUUGCAGGUGAAAGAAUGAAAGACUGUAAUGACAACUUGCUUACAAGAUUUGAGGGAAAUCUGGUCUUGUCCUUCCCUUCCCCCCCCCCACAAUGUCAUUAUCAGGAUUCCAAUUUUUCCUUACUCAUGUUUAGUUUAUUUUUUGAAGGAGUAGUUUGCUAUGGAUUAAUACCCUUUUCUUAGACAAUCCAAGAAGUGAGCCAGAACAAGCAGCAGCAGCAAGUGGUAAAGACACCAAAUUGAAAAAUUUGAAUUUAUGGUUACUGGCUAGUAUUGCCAGCCUCCUUAUUAAGACAAAAGCGAAGCAAAACCAAUAAAUCUUUUCAUUUAAUUUUAGGUAUUUAGAUUUUCCCCCAACAUUACCUGUAGAAUUAUGUAGGAAAAAAACCCCUACAUUUCAUGUUUAUAGAUGUCUACAGUUUUCCAUGCAGAACUUUUAGUUUACAUUUUAAUUGGCAUUAGUCCUAUUCUGAUGAAUGCCACAUACCAGCUUGGUUGUUAGCCAGCUCUUGACAAGUGUAUUUUUCCCUAAAAGCUUACCCUUCUAUUUAAUUUCGGAGCUGUGCAUGCCUGUAAACAAAUUUGGUUGUGUUUAUAAUUUAUUGCAAGCAAUAGAUUUGACUUUUGCUGUGCAAAUUUCCUUAUCUCUUUUUGCUUUAUUCUUAGUAAUAAGUGUAUUUUCCAAGAUUUCCGGGACUAUGAAUAUAGAUCUUGUCAUUAAGAUGUUAAAAUAUUUUAUUUUACAAUUCUUGUGUUUUGCUGCUCCAUGAAAUUUAAAAAGGGUAAUGAUUUAUAUCCACAUGAUUUUAAAGCUAUGACUUGUCUCAGUGCUUUAAAAGUGAGAGAAGAAAUAAGAUUCCAUCUAGUUCUCUUUGCUUUCUCCCAUGAAUCAUUGUAUUAAAAUGUUAUUUUUGUUCAAUUUUAGUCCACCUGAAAUGUAGAUUUUUAGUGAUAUGAAAAUAUGUGUCAUUUAACUAAAUCCCUACCCUCAUUUUAGAGUCCUUGUGUAUAGAGUAUAAAACCCAUGUACAGUCUGUGCCAUAUUCUGUAUUUGUCUUAUACGAUGUUAUUUUCCCUAUUUUACUGUUCACUAUUACCCUUCAGUGGUUAAAGUGAUUUGAGUUUGUUUUACUUUUGAAUUUUACCCUUUCUGCUCUUGGUAUAGCAAUACCAAGAUAGAUAUUUAAAGGUAAAUAUUUAAAGGUAAAUAUUUCCUUAUUA